GUCAAAGUUUUCUUUUAUCUUGAGCGAGUGAGGUGUAAAAGUUUUGAACUAAUUCACAUAUCCGAAUUUAAUGAUCGGAAUUAAUCCUAUUCGCGUUAAGAAACUUGUGUAAACCAAGAAAAUGAAUUGCAGACAAUUUUUACUCUGUUUUUUGAUAUGCCUGGCUUUGUUUAAGGAAGUUAAAUGCUUGCACAAAAGAUGUGUCAAAUGUCGGUCAAGAGGAGAGUUAGGUAGCUGCGGAGACCCAGUUGUAGUGAACGCAACAGAUCCAUACUCCCAACUUGGUAUACAUGUUGUGGCCUGCCCCUCAGGUUGGUGUGGAAAGAUGAUGGAAGGCAAUGAAGGAGCAUUUCGGACUGAUGAUUACGGAUCGGCAACAGAGAGGAUGUGUCUCCAGCGGCCUCCAAGCGACUACGAGGAGCGCUGCGCGUACACCUUGUGGAACUACAAGAAGGUCUACAUGUGCUUCUGUAACGGUGACCUGUGCAACACAGCUUUUAGAACAACCAUAUCCUAUUGUAGUAUUGUCAUUGCUGUUUUACUGACUAUAUUUAACAUGUAGUGACAUUGGUGUCUGCCUCUGACAAGUUGUUGUUAGUUUAUCAAUCAGGCGCUAAAGUAAGGUCAUUAAGCACGAAGAAUUACGUACAUUGAAAUGUCAUUUCCUGUCUCUAUCGCAGGCGUAUAAAUAAUAAUAUAGCUGUCCCGCCGAUGAUGCCAGCGGUCAAUGUCACGGUGUGAGCGAGGCAGCAAUAUAAUUGUGUGCGUGCGAUAUAGGAAAUACUGUGCCAAUGUACAAAAUUUUUCGCGCUUAGCGUCCUUACUUUACUGACAUAGUUAAAGACGUACAUAUUAAAAAUGGUCCUUAUUGACAAUCAUCCAAGUACUACAGUUAUAUUUGUGUCUACAUAUAUUCUGUUAGUGGCUCAUUUAGUUGGUGCUUCACCCAUCAAUUGUUUACAUAAUUAAAGCAAAGUAAUAUUUCUUGCUUUAAUUAGCAUGGACUUCCGCAAAGUAACGCCUGAUUCUAUUAAUUAAUUGUUUACAUUCCUUCUUGUUGUAUUUGACAUUUAUGCCAUUAGAUGUAGUGAAUAAUCCUUACCCAUCGUAUUUUCACGGAGACGCACGAACGUCUGUUGCUAUUUCAGUCAGUCUCGAUACAAAAAGUACUGAGGUCGAUUGAAGUAACAUGACAAAUACUUACGAACGAUUCGGAGGAAAUACGAUGGGAAAGGAUUAUUCAUUACAUCUGUACCAUAUAGGUACAGUCGCCGUCAGAUAUAUCGAAGCGGCUGAGGUGCUCAAAAAUAACUGAACACACACUGUAACGUUUUGACAAUAGUGGCGUGUUCAGAUAUUUGUGACCCCUUUAGUCGCUCCGAUAUAUCUGAUGGUGAAUGUACAUCCAUCCAAUGGAUUAUGACAUUAUUAUAAUUAAUUGUGAUAUUUACAAUGCAGUACUUAAAACGCAAAUGUUUAAACAAAAUCUCGAAGUUAGUCCAUUUCUCGUUGAGUCAGAUCAAGGCUGAUCUAAUUAGUUAGUUUAGUUUCUUUGUUCACAGAAUUUAUUACUUAGGUAUAUUAUACCUAUGUGUUAUAUCGGGUGUGGCGUGUAACACGAGAAAAUAACUUAAUCAUACAUUAUACUCCUCAAAAUAUCACACUUUUUUUCAAUAACUUUUAAUUAUACUUCUUACUUUUCAUAGGUAAAAAUUAAAUAUGACCUUCAAUGUACACUGCCAUCAGUGUAUUUGACGUUGCUGGUCACGCUUUAAACAUAACAAAAUUCGCAAUACAUUCUGAGAAUAAAGUUUAAAGUGUGCUAAAAUCAAAAUAUAAGUUGUUUUUAAAAGUCGCUGAACAAAUGAUGGUCAGUUUACGGAGUAUAGCCCUCAGUUUAAUUUUUUGCACGUGUUACUUAUCUUCUCUCUUUCUAUUUAUAAUACCUUGGUAUUAUUUGAAUUUAGCAUGUUUUGAAUAUUAUUUUAUAAGUGUAAGAACUGAACUCGAAACAAAAUUAAAAAUUUUGGGCAGUUCCUCGUGACAAUAGUUAAUUAAGUGUUACGGUAAUACGAUUUUACCAAUAUGUGAUCGUAUUAGGUGGGUACACACAGAGCGAGUAUACGCACGACUCGCGAGGCAAUUUCUUCGCGCUCAAAACGGCCAGUGUAGACGGCGCGCGCGUUUUCCUCGCCCGAGUGCGACCUUGGCCGAGCCGCUCCGUAUCGGUUUUUCGGCAUGCUCAAAAGCGCCGCGCGCCAGUGUAGACGUGUUUGUUUAUGGUGCGCGUUAUUUUGUUCGUACUUACGUUUUGAAUAAUAACGAGCGUCCCAAAUUGUCGUGUCCUUCUUUUUAAAAAUCAAAUCAAAUUAUUUUAUUGCAUGGUUAUGGUUUCUUUCUCAUUUUCUUUUGAAUUGCUUUAAAUAGCAAAAUAAAAGAAACGCAAGCCACGGCAAUCAUUACGUGCGGCGCCAUUUUGAACAGCUGACUGAGUGCACCUUGCCGAGCAUGGAAAUUGGUUCAGGUGAGGAAAACGUGCCUCAGUAGGCAAAAGUUCCACGUCCACGCCGCCGCGCGAGGCCGGGCGUUUGCCGCGUGAGGAAAUUUCCUCGCGGGGUUGCUCGCUCUGUGUGGGCCCUAUUCAACUCCAACUGUAUAAGUGCUUUGGUUUCAUUGCCCCUGGAUAUCAUAAUGUCGUUGAUAAAAGAAAUAAAGAUAUUGGUCUUAAAUUUAACAACUUAAGCGCAAAAUACCUAAAUGUUCAAAUUAUUAAUUAAUGACUAUGUAGCCACUAAAGGCAUUUAUUUGUGUUAUGAACACAGAUAUUGGUUCCUGAGUCAUGGGUAUAAUAAUACAUUUAUCUAUAUAAGUAUGUAUAGUGUAUAGCAUCGCCUAGUAGCUAUAGUACAAGCUUUGCUUAGUUUGGAUGAAUGAAUCAUAUCCCCAAGUCCCAUAUAAUACCGUACAGUCUGGCUGGUAACUUUGGCCAUCGGGAUUAAUUUAGUGCAGGUUUUAUUAUUACAUUGUAAAUUCACGUUUUUACGUUUUUAUUAGACCUUUCUACAUAUGUAUGUGUGUUUAUCAUGUCGGUUAAAGCAUAGAGGAAUAAGUAAAAUAGAGUGCUCACUCCAUACAUCAGUUUUCUUACGAAACCGUUUAUUGUUUUCGUAGUCGACAUCUAGCGUCAAGUAGCGGAUUUAUUAGUACCGCUACUUGACACUAGAUGUCACGAGUGUCGCGACUGGCAAAAAGUGUAUUUUUUAAUUUACUAAUCAGUGAUUACAUUUAUUGAUAAUCAAAUACUGUGGUUACCCAUCAUUGGACAAACAUCUGCCCUUAAUGUAAGCUACAGAUUAUACACAAUUAUUUUUAAACAGUCUGCUGGAACGAACUAAAGACGAUAAUAUAGGAUAAUAAAUAUAACACUCAACAACAAGUAUAGCGCUAAUUAAUGUAGGUAAUUUUCGAUUUAGGUAUUAUGAGACCACGUCGAUUAGAAGUAGGCAUUUAGCGAAUGUGGUAUUUUGAGAAAAAAGUUGACAUUCCGAGAUUCGGGCAUUUUGACACUAUUCCGUUUUGAGAAUUUUUGUAAAUGGGUGAAAUUAAGGUGCAAUCAAACCAAAGCGUAUUAGGUACCUAAAGGGGUUAGAAACUUAGAACUUAAGUGAAAUAUAUACUCAAAAUUUUAGAAAUGUAUUAUUAGAAAAAUAAUAUACAGGAUGUUUAUUUAGUCACCUGCAAUAAUUUUCGCGCUGAAUAUAUAGGUCGUACUGAGCAACUUUUAUUAUGGGACUAACCCGGAAAUCGCGAAAAAAAAUUUUACUCCCUUAGAAAAUGUCAAGGUCAGACAGCCAAAAUGUAUGAAACAGUCAAUUUUUUUCGUGAUUUCGGGGUUGAUCCCAUAGUAAUAGUUGCUCAAUAUGAUAUAUUCACUCCGUAAAUUAUUGCAGUUGACUAAAUAAACAUCCUGUAUAUUAUUUUGACGAUGACAGACCCCUGUAUUCCUGUAAUACCAGGCAUUGGCAGCAAAUACGUACGAAAGUGAAGGUACUGAAAUUGAAUAAAAAUCAUUAUUUUGUUACGUUUACUGUAUUAUAUUAAAAACAUUAUAAAUAUUUUUACACUUUUUUACAAAUACAUUUUUUCUGUAAA